GGAUAAAGCAUAUUAUAAAAAUGCAUGCAAAGUUAGUUAGUUAGUGCAUGGAGCUUCAAGGCUGCACUAUGCUUGGAAUUUGGAUACUUGCACUGUUUCUGCCCAGCACAGCCAGAGGUGAAGAAGUUUGCUAUGAACGGCUUGGAUGUUUCUCAGAUGAUAAACCAUGGUCUGGGACUUUGCAAAGACCCAUCCAAAAGUUACCCUGGGCUCCAGAAGAGAUAGACACCCGCUUCCUCCUAUACACAAGACAAAAUCCUAAUAACUUUCAAGAGAUCUCUGCAAUUGAUGACUCAACAAUCGAUUACUCAAAUUUUAAUGCAAACAAGAUAACCAGAUUUAUUGUACAUGGAUUUAUAGACGAAGGAGAAGAAAGCUGGCUGUCAGACAUGUGCAAGAGGAUGUUUACAGUGGAAGAUGUGAACUGUAUCUGCAUAGACUGGAAAAAAGGCUCGAGAUGUCAGUAUACCCAGGCAUCAAACAACAUCCGUGUUGUAGGCGCUGAAAUAGCUUAUUUUGUAAAUGUUCUUAUGGAAAAAUAUGGAUACUCUCCAGAUAAUGUCCACAUAAUUGGUCACAGCCUUGGAGCACAUGCGGCAGGUGAGGCUGGGAAAAGGAGGCCAGGGAUUGGAAGAAUAACUGGACUGGACCCCGCUCAACCUUAUUUUCAAGACACUCCAAUUGAAGUUAGACUGGAUAAGUCUGACGCAGAAUUUGUGGAUGUUAUUCACACAGAUUCAGCUCCCACAAUCCCCUACUUGGGUUUUGGAAUGAGUACAGCUAUAGGACAUCUUGAUUUUUAUCCAAAUGGAGGAGAGCAAAUGCCAGGAUGUGACAAGAAUGCUCUUUCACAGAUUGUAGAUCUUGAUGGCAUCUGGCAAGGAACUCGGGACUUUGUGGCUUGCAAUCACCUGCGGAGUUACAAGUAUUACUCUGACAGUAUUAUCUUUCCUGAUGGAUUUCUAGGCUAUGCUUGUGAUUCAUAUGAUGUUUUUGAAACAGAAAGUUGUUUCCCAUGCCCAGAAGAGGGAUGCCCAAAUAUGGGUCACUUUGCAGAUAAAUUCAAAAAGAAAAGUGAAACUGAGCUUGUGAAACUUUACCUGAAUACUGCAGAGGCCAAAAAUUUUUCUUGUUGGAGGUACAAGGUAUCUGUGACACUCUCUGGAAACAGCAAAGUAACAGGAUAUGUAAAUAUUGCCUUGUAUGGAAGUAAUGGGAACACAAGACAGUAUCAGAUUUUCGAGGGAUACCUCAAACCAGACAAUACUCAUACAAAAUUAAUUGAUGUAGAAAUUAAUGUUGGAACAGUUACGAAGGUGAAAUUUCUUUGGAACAACAACUGGAUAAAUCCAACUUUGCCUAAACUAGGAGCUGCAAAAGUCACUGUGCAAUCUGGAGAAAAUGGAGAAGAAUUCCAUUUCUGUGGUUCGGAAACUGUGAGAGAAGAUGUUCUGCAAACUCUUACUGCUUGCUAACAACGUAUACAAAUACCCCAAAUCUUGCUAUUAAUAAAAGCUAGUCAUGCAUAAAA